AUGAGUGUGAUCGUCUUCCCUCCAGAGUUGACAACACGUCAGAUAUCUGUCACAGAAGUGAUGUGCCCCAGGGAGUUCGACGGCUGGACCUGCAUAAUAAACGCCACUUCAGCCGGAGAUGUUGCAUAUUUCCCAUGUCCUUUUUUCAUCUUGGGCUUCGACCCUAAAAGGUACGGACUGAGAGUGUGUCUAGAAGAUGGAUCAUGGUUCAAGCAUCCGGAGAGCAACAAGACCUGGUCCAACUACACAACUUGUGUUGACAUGGAGGACUUACAGUUAAGGACUCAAGUUAACUUCAUUUACAAGACUGGCUACACGGUGUCACUGGCAGCCCUUAUCAUCUCAAUUAUAAUAUUCUUUUACUUCAAGUCUCUGACGUGCACUAGGAUCCAGAUCCACAAGAACCUCUUCAUCUCCUUGGCACUCAACAACUGCUUGUGGCUCAUCUGGUACGAGGCGGUCGUUGACAAUCUGCCCGUCCUUAUGGAGAACAGGAUAGAGUGUCAGCUGCUGCACAUCCUAGUGCAGUAUUUCCUGGUCGCUACGUACUUCUGGAUGUUCUGCGAGGGACUGUACCUCCAUACUCUGCUGGUGGUGACAUUCGUCACGGAAACCAAGGUGAUGCCCUUCCUCUACCCUAUCGGCUGGGGGGUGCCUGCUCUCCUGGUGGCUCUGUACGCUGUCCUGAGGUCCUCCAGGCGGGAGGAGAAGCUCCACUGCUGGAUUCACGAGUCACUAUACUCUUGGACACUGUCUGGGCCCGUGUGUGUGUCUAUGCUGGCGAACCUCGUGUUCCUGAUUAACAUCGUGAGGCUCCUGCUCACCAAGCUACACACCGGCCUCUCCAGCCCCAAGCAGUCGUUCAGGGAGUCUCUCAAACACGCAUCCUUCAGGUCAAGAAGGAAAGCGUCAUCGACAAGUCAGACGCCGGGGCCACCCUCCGGCCGAACUAAGAAGGCAGUGCGCGCCACUCUGAUUCUCAUCCCCCUACUGGGACUGCAGUACAUCGUUAUGCCUUUCCGGCCCGAGCAGGGUGCUUCCUGGGAGGCCAUCUACCAGAUAGCCUCGGCAGUCAUCGCCUCCUGUCAGGGGUUGUGCGUGGCGUUACUGUUCUGCUUCUGCAAUGGGGAAGUGAUAGCUGCAGUUACCAAGCGUUGGAAGCAAUGUCGGUUCAAGAAACGUCCCUGUCACUCCUGCACAGGCAUCACUUCAGUUUCGUUCAGUCGGUCUUCGUACGCCCAGGAGAUGGUGCCGGCCGGGCCCUACCAGGAGGGACAGGACUGUCUGGCACUACAGAAUGUCCAGCUCUGAGACCCGGUGAGGCUGAUCCUGUGCCAUCAGCGCGGCAGCAGUACACAGCUGUGAGAUCUGCAGUUCACUGUCUAAGGCUGCAGAGGGAGCGCCUUGAGACUUACACAGCCACGGAGACUAGUUUCAG